AUGGGUCACCAGCAGCUCUACUGGGGUCACCCGUGGAAGUUCGCUCUUAAUGUGUCUGCUCCAACUGCCAGUUUAAUCCAGAAAUAUGGGCUGAACAUGUGUCGUCAGCAUUUCUGUCAGUACACAAAGGACAUAGGCUUCAUUAAGUUGGACUAA